AUGGCCCGUCUCUUCCAAAUGGCAGUAGUCGUGGCCUGGAUGGGUUCUACCUGGGCUGUGCCACAGGAAAAUCGUGGCGGUCCGACGAAUCGGCUGUCGUUUUGGCCGGGGGUCAGUUGGCAACCAAAAGAGAACCGUAUCACAGCCGAUAGAAGAUCACCAACGGCUUCUGCUUUGAGUAAGCUGCAGGGCAAUCCAGACCUGAAUUUUUUGAGGGAUCGUUUGACCGAGUGCUAUCGAGCACCCGAAUCAUGCAAAUUGGACGCUGUCAGCAAAAAGGGAGCCGAUCUCCUGCGAAAGAUGCACGAGGAGCUGGAGAUUGAGUGGCCUCCGAUGAGUCGCAGAGACUAUCCAGAUAUCGCUGAAGAUUCCACAUCCGGAGCAGUGACGGGAUUUGAUCCUCAGGCUCCAGCCCUCCGCCCUCUGCGCCUACAACACUCUCACUACCUCUACAACCCUCAUCUACGGCUCCAGGCAUUGGCUGAGCAGAGCAAGAACAAAUUUCAA